GGCCGGGGCCGCCCGGAGCGCCGCCGCCGCCGCCGCACGACUCUCCUGGUACACCCUUUCCAUCGUCCAAGCCUGUGACCCCCUCACCUCUGCGCGACCGUCUCGGCCUGGCUCGGUCCUGCCUUUGGUCCCCAGUGGAGUCCCGCUGAUUUCAUCAGGGUCUCCCUCUGGCUAUUUAAGGCCUGGAGAUCUUAGACGUGGGCAUCUUUGCCACCACCCAGAAGCGGCUGCUUUCUCUCCCUCCCAUUUUCAUCAGCAGAUGAGGCAACUGAGGCAGGGACAUCACCAGCUCAAGGUCACAGCCAACAUGAGGCAGGGCAGACCACAGUUAAACUUCAUGUCCGAGUUUCCAGAUUGAACUUCUCGCUUGGUUGACUCACGUCCACAUCCUGUGAUUCCCCCGGCUGGGCACAUUCCUGCUGCCAGUGCCCCAGGCCUCCCCCACAUAAGAGGGGCUUCUCUAUGUCUCCUCCACGCCAGGCGCGUCCACCUGCUCAAGUUCAUCUCAUCUGCGCAGCUGUGUGAGAGAGGCGAUGCUUAUCCCCAUCCCACAGAUGAGGGCACUGAGGCUCAGACAGGGGGCAUCAGGGACUUGCCCACAGCCAGGCAGCUGAAAGUGCAGAGCACAAAGUUAACUGCAGCGUCCUAAGCCUGCGUCCUAAGCCUGCGCUCUGCGCAUCUGAGAGCAUCUCCUGGCUAGAGGCUCCUUUCUCAUCAGGCCACCUCCUGUCUUGGAUGCCCCAGGGACACUGGAUUCAUGUACUAGGAAGAAGCUUUGAUGGUCCUGUCCUAGCUUAGCUGCUCAGUUUCAAAUGCCACCCCAUCAACCUAGACAGUGCCAUCUCAGUCCCUAGGUGUCCUCUUUGGGGCACAUUCUGACAGCAGAGCCUCCCCUGGCAGCCAGAGACACCUAGCUGCGCCAGCCUGCUGGUGGCUGAGGAGAGCCCAGCCAGUGCCUCACCCUGUCAUUAGGGAAAGUUUAGCCUCAGGCAGACGUGCUGACACACCGUCUGGAGCUGUCUCAGAAGGAAAAAAUGUGUGGUCCUUGGGAGUAGGAGCUUGGAGGAGCAGAGCCCCUUUGCUGUGUGACCACCAUUCAGAUCCUUGGACACCCUGGCAAAGCCAGCAGGAGAGUGGAUGCCAUGGCUACUUGGGGGGAAGGGGGAGGUGCCACGUUUCCUAAGCAGGUGUGCGGCCAAGGGUGGCAGCUCACGUAAGUGGCCUUUGUGUUUUGCAGUACGUGGCAUGCCUGGAUGUCCCUGCCCUGGCUGUGGCAUGGCAGGCCAAAGGCUCCUCUUCCUCACUGCCCUUGCCCUGGAGCUCCUGGGAAGGGCUGGGGGUUCUCAGCCAGCCCUCCAGAACCGGGGGGCUGCGGCAGCCUGUCGCCUGGACAACAAGGAAAGCGAGUCCUGGGGGGCCCUGCUGAGUGGGGAGAGGCUGGACACCUGGAUCUGCUCCCUCCUGGGUUCUCUCAUGGUGGGGCUCAGUGGGGUCUUCCCGUUGCUCGUCAUUCCCCUGGAGAUGGGCACCAUGCUGCGCUCAGAAGCUGGGGCCCGGCGCCUGAAGCAGCUGCUCAGCUUUGCCUUGGGAGGACUCUUGGGCAAUGUGUUCCUGCACCUGCUACCUGAGGCCUGGGCUUACACAUGCAGCGCCAGCCCUGGUGGUGAGGGGCAGAGCCUGCAGCAGCAACAGCAACUGGGGCUGUGGGUCAUUGCUGGCAUCCUGACCUUCCUGGUGUUGGAGAAGAUGUUCCUGGACAGCAAGGAGAGGGAAGGGACCAGCCAGGCCGCCUCCAAAGACCCCACUACUGCUGCCUCUGCCACUGCCACACUCAAUGGAGGCCGCUGUCUGGCCCAGCCGGCUGCAGAACCUGGCCUCGGUGCGGUGGUCCGGAGCAUCAAAGUGAGUGGCUAUCUCAACCUGCUGGCCAACACCAUUGACAACUUCACUCAUGGGCUGGCCGUUGCUGCCAGCUUCCUUGUGAGCAAGAAGAUCGGGCUCCUGACAACCGUGGCCAUCCUCCUGCACGAGAUCCCCCAUGAGGUGGGCGAUUUUGCCAUCCUGCUCCGGGCCGGCUUUGACCGAUGGAGCGCAGCCAAGCUGCAACUCUCGACGGCGCUGGGGGGCCUGCUGGGGGCCUGCUUUGCCAUCUGUACACAGUCCCCCAAGGGAGUAGAGGAGACGGUGGCCUGGAUCCUGCCCUUCACCUCUGGCAGCUUUCUCUACAUUGCCCUGGUGAAUGUGCUGCCUGACCUCUUGGAGGAAGAUGACCCGUGGCACUCCCUGCAGCAGGUGCUUCUGCUCUGCACCGGCAUCGUGGUGAUGGUGCUGUUCUCGCUCUUCGUUGAAUAACCAUCCUGACACCCCCCCCCCCCCGAAAAGCAAUAAGAGACUCGGAUUCACUCUGUGACUGUGUAUGGCCGAAAAGGCGAGUGCCUGUGAGAAUGAGCCUCUGACCAGACAGGAGGGAGUGUGUGUGUGUGUGUGUGUGUGGUGUGCACGUGGUCAGAGGUUGUGUGCGAGACCGACACUGUGAUCCUUGUGCGCUGGGCCCAGGGCGCAGUGCAGCGCCUGCCCCAGUCAGGCUGUGUCAUCUCUCCUUGCCACUCUUUCUCUUGCACCCCCCGCUCCAAGUGAGCAGUUAGCAACAAAAGCAAGGGCCCCAAGCAGAGGCCUCACCCCACCGGGACCCCAGAAGGAGUAAGAACAGCCCAAGGAGCCAGGGCUGCAGGGGACUCCCAAGCUGUCCUGCCUCCUGCUCCCCGCACCCUCUGGCCUCUAGCCUGAGGGAGGAAAUCCCUCUGCUCAUACAGCCAGGCCCCAGGCAAUGUAGGUUGGGGUGCUUCUCUCUGCUGUGUCCCUUUUCCCAGCCCUUCCUUCGCCACCUCGAAGCCAAAGAAAGGAAAGGCAGGUGCUCCUGUAGCCCCCAGCCCCAGCACUGAGCUGGGAGAUGCUUUCUAAGACCUUUUCCUCAGGGCUGCACGCCUAGGCCAGCUCCUGUUUGGCAGCACUGGCAACUCUUGCCACCUCCAGCUGCCAAACAGCAGCCUGCAGGGCAGCAAGCAGCCCCAGGCCAGCUCAGGGAUGCUCCUGCCAGCACCAGGGCGGCGGAGACUCUGGGGGCCAGCAGAGGGGGAGCCACGGCUGCCCUUCCCUGCCCCGGCCCCUUUCCUCUCCCACUGGGUUAGAGUAAGGCAGGGGCGGUGAGGGCUCCAUUGUCAGCGCUCAGGAAUGUGCUCUGGGAGAAUGCUGAAGCCAUAAUCCCUAGCUAUUUCCCUUGGCUGACGCCCAGGUACUCAGCUGGCCCACUCCACAGCCAGGCUCCAGCCCUGCCCUUGACUGUGUUUUGAGAAGUGGCUAUCAAGAGGGUCUGAAUGGUUUUAUUAAUAUUAUAGCAAUUUUGCUGUGGUUCCGUUUGUAUUUGUAAAUACUUGUUCUAUAGAUAAGGUACAAAUAAAUAUUAUCCAUAAACUGGC